GAUUCGAUCCCACGACCUCGUGCUCAGCAGCCUAACACCAUAGCCACUGAGCAAGCACUACUGGUAACAAGUGGCCUCAAGCAGUGGCAUCCAGUGUCUAUAUAUAUAGACCGAUUGCGCUUCAAAAAUAUAUAGCUGUAGUAGAUGAAAAGCAGCCAUCGUAAAAUAAUGGUCCCUCGCGAUUAUCAAGCGUCCUGUUGGCACUUAGUACGCGAGUCACACUAGCCAGUGUAUGCAAUAGAAGACACCGAUAAGAAUUUCAUCUGUUGUUGAAGUGGCCAGUCAACUGGUGUGGUGACAGCAUGUGGUGUGGAGAGCAUGUGUUUCUCCCUUGUUUUGCCACUAGGAAAGUUGGUCACCGCCUCGAGUUUUAAUUGCUGAAUUUCCUCCCUCUCUCUCUCUCUGUAUCUAUAUAUAUCGAUUUCUUUUUUUUUUUGCGUUGGUAGUAUAACUGUUGUUUAUUCAAAGAGAACAUUUUUGUGGUGCUUUGUACCUAAUUGCCUCAGACUGGUUUAUGACGUGCUCUUCUGCCUCGGCAAGGCUGCAGCUACAAUAUUACCAGCCGUAGAUAAGUUCGAAAGGCAAGGAUUGAUGAGCCUGUUUUAUCUUUCUUUUCUUUUUUUUUUGGGGGGGGGGGGGGGACUCUGGGCUUUUUUUCCUUUUUUUUCCCUUCACUCUCUCUCCUGUCUUCAAAUUUACGGUUAGCUUUAUUACCAUUAUGUUCUUUUCCUUGAGAGGGGUGUUGAAUGCCACAAUAUAUAAAAUUGUCACCGAUUGCCUCAUAGCAAUAUUGUAGUGAACACAGAACAUUACAGGUAAAUUGCGAAAAUAAGUGUCUUUUCAUUUAGUGCUUGAUAAAAAAUAAGAAAUAGGCGAAGUUCGGUGGACGCGUUAUAGUUCGGCUUCGCCUCAGCACGAUGCAUAGUGCUGUGAAGCCCACACUCGCAAAGGGGAAAUUAGUUCGAGAUCGAAUGCGAGCGCCUGACGAAAUUUCAAAACAUUUUUCGGCGAAGCUAUCGCGCUUUCUUCGGUUACAGAGGCGAAACGAAAAUUUUGGUGGUUGACGCUGAUUGAUUCACGGCCACCUCAUUCAAGCCACCGCUGUUGACGUUCUUGAGGACAGCAGCCGGGAGUACUCGGGGGAAAAAAAAAAAGAAAACCGGGGCAGCCAAUCGCAUCCUGGCUCGGCAGCCGUCAGCGACACCCCGAUUCGUUCAUGUUUCUUGCGCUUUUUUUUGUGUUGGUUUAGCGCAACUGACAGCGCGCACACGUUCGUCUCUUCCUGCGGCGCUACCACCACACUUCCAAGAUGCAAAUGCUCACAGUGCCCGUUGAGACGACCGUCUACCUCGGUGCUGUGGGUGUGAUUUUGGUGAUGCUCGGAGUGUUCUACCUCUACCUGAGCAAGAAGGUUUGCUUCACAACGGUAGGAGGAUUUCCCUGCUGCGACGGCCCCGUUUCAUCGCGUGAACGGGAGCGACAGGUGAUCGCCAGGAACUUGGGAGCAGCCUAUGCUUAUGAUGACGCCGAGUCAUCAACAGACAGCGACGAAGAAGUGAUACAACAACUCCACCAUUCUGCCAGCCUGCAAGGGGGCUUUCUCAACAGCACAUCAUCUAGGAAGGUGUCAAGCAUGGGCCACUCCACUGAUCAUGCGCAUGGCAAUGGGCAUCUGCCACAACCAGAUUUGGUUUCCCUUGCGGAGAAUGGACGUGCCGUAUCCACAGGGGCAGAGGCAGCGGAAGCAGCAGACACAAGCAGGGCUUCUUCUAAGGCGACGCAGGGAAGUUCAACAGUUCGCACCGCUUUGCAGUAUGAGAAUGGUGCUUUUCUGAAGGCCGAAGACUCUCCACUUUCUCUGGCAGCAUGUGGGGGAACCGAUGAGCCCAUGCUGCUUGACUUGGCCGAAGAGGAAUUGAGGUGCGUGGCCGAAGCUUCUGGUCUGCAUGGCCCUGGUCCUUCAGAGCAAACCACCCGUUGCGGUGCCCUUGAGCUCAUGUUUGAGUACAAUGAGUCAGCUCGCAAGGUCAUGGUCACCGUCUUGAGAGCGCACGAUCUGCCCAGUCGAGACCGUGGAGGAGCUAAUAGCGUGCAAGUACGACUAUUGCUGUUGCCCCAUAAGAGGCAGAAAUUCAGAACAAAAAUUAAACAAGCGGGCGAGGAUAUGACCUUCAAUGAAACCUUUGCCUUCGCACGGAUCAGCCCUGAGGAAGUGAACACUAUGGGGUUGCGUGUACGGUUGUACGGGUGCGAGCGCAUGCGCCGAGAGCAUCUGGUCGGGGAGACUGUGCUGCCUUUCCAGUGCUUGGCUCUCGACCAGCCUUCCACUAUGUGGCUAAUGCUGGAGCCGCGGUCUAACCUGGCUCACUGGGAUUCCAAGUGUGAGAUUUCAAGCUUGGCUCGAUCAGACUCAACGAGCUCGGCGCAGUCGAUGCAGCAUGGGGGUCUGCCAGAACUGCUGCUAGGGCUUGCCUACAAUGGCACGACUGGUCGCCUUGCUGUUGAGGUCAUAAAGGGAAGCCACUUCCGCAACAUCACCAUGAACAGGGCCCCAGACACAUUUGUGAAGCUUACGCUGAUGUCUUCAAGCGGUCAGGAAAUAACCCGAAGCAAGACGUCUGUUCGGCGAGGGCAGCCAAACCCUCUCUUCAAGGAAACAUUUGUGUUCCAGGUUGCUCUCUUUCAGUUGCCAGAUGUGACGCUAAUGGUUUCUGUAUACUACAAGCGAUCCAUGAAGCGCAAAGACAUGAUUGGCUGGUUCUCACUAGGCCUUAACAGUUCUGGCGAAGAGGAACUAUCUCACUGGAAUGACAUGCGUGAGAGCAAAGGAGAACAGAUGUGCAGGUGGCACGUACUCCUCGACAGCUAGCAAGCUGAGCUCGUCCACAGGACGACUUCGCUUCCAUGCCUGAAGAGAAGGACAAGUCUUGCAGAAUCAACUCAGUGAGAACAAGGGAGCUGCUCGUGUGCCUGCCUCUGAGAAAAUUUGAAGUGCAUAAUAUCUUUGCUUGUGUUGAGGACAAUGCUUACUUUUGGCUGUUUCCUUCAGACGAAAAGAAGGCUGUUCCCUUCAGCCUUCAGCGCUCCUCAGCUGAUUUUCUCAGUGCUUGGAUGAUGCAAACAUCACAGAACUGCACUCUAAGUGGGACUUUGUUUUGCUCGUUGACAACUUGACAGAAAUGGGAAAUAUUGCACGAUUACUAUAUAGUUCAAGCAACACCAUUUUGUUGACUUUGCUUAUGAGUGCAAGUUUGGAGCUUUCCCAAAAGGUCUGGAAUGUUGCACAUCUUCGAUACGAGCACUUGACUUGCAUCAGGCUUUGGAAUGCACGCAGAGUGUAUUGUUACCUCUUCUUAUGCACUGAGCCAGGUGAUAUGUAUCAUAUAUACAGUGCUACUGACACUGUUGAUGUUAUCUUCUCAAGUGGCAGCACAUGAGAGUGCCCUGUGCCGUGGCAUUGGCCUACUGAUGCCUUUGCUCUUCAAUCUAAACCGAGGUAUUGACGCUACUCACGGAAUCUGUAAACACAAUGUGUGCUCCCCUCCCAUUUAAUGUCUUUUUGACGUUGGCUGAAGAUUAUCCACAGCCAAGGCGCCCUUUAGCGGACAGACGCAAGAGUUCUGCUGCAAGUACACUCAAACAUAUCUGUGCUCAGAGAAUGUGCAUACCUUUAAGGUGCACACAGUGCACAUUUUUGUAUAUGUGGAUGGAGUGAUAUGCACUUUUUUUGAAGUUUGUAUGCAACAUGACCGGUCGCUGCUUGUGGAUGGUGACUGUAUUCUUUGAGAUAUGUGCGAAGAAUGUACUGACUGAUGGUUCAUAAAAGCGUUUAUUUAUUUGUUUAUUUAACUGUAUAUUUGUUCAUUUAUUUCGUUUUUCUACAUGUGUGCUUUGUUUGGAUGUCGUAAGUUUCUAUGUACCUGGGCAGUGUGCUUUGCAGUCAGAUGGCCAGGAUUCGUUUCUUUGUUUGAACCCAUGUCUGGCCUCAUGCUUUUUCUUCUCAGUGGGUGUUUGUUGUAGCAGAGCUCCAAUUUGUAGAUGUCGUGUUUUGAAAAGCCUUCAAUAUUUGGUAUUGCUGACUUGUAGUUAAGCAGGAGAGUUUCAGUAUGAACUGUGUUAUUAGAACACUAUAAGGAAUGUUCUGCAGGAACCACUAGGUAUAUAAAGACCAGAAGUAGGUGACACAAUUUAUGUAAAAAAAUGUAGCAAACAAACAACAAAAAAAGAAGAAAUAGACUGAAGUCUGUCUUAAGAAUCUUGGUCACAAACUGAAGCUCCUCUUUGAAGAGUGUAAGCUGUGACACGUUAACGGGUUUGAUGUUUGGCUGUUAUGCACUGCUUGCAGGGAAAUCAGUUUUCUAUGUGAUCAGUUUCGAAUAGCACAUCCCGCAUAGUUUUUCUUGUGAUACCUUUAGCUGGCCCCGUAACCUUGCACUUUCUAGGCAUUCAGUGCUCCAGAUACAUGCGUACAUGUGUAUGUGUUUGUAUAAUUGCCAGGGCUGCCAGCCCGAUUGAGGGAAAUCUUUCAUAUUGAGCAAGCUGAUAGGAGUCCAUGUGAAGAAUGUGGACAUUUUUUACUGUGAGGCAAUGUCUAACUUCCUGGUUUUUGCAAGAUUUUAAGUUAUAAAUUUAUCUUUUCUGAGGAAUACUGUUGACAGGUGCCCACAGGUACACACAAUAUUGUCCUCAAGUAAUUUAGUUGUCAAGUUCAGAGAAGUGCAUUGCUGCUUUGCAGCACUUGUCAUUGCAGCAUAUCUGAAAAACUUUGAAUCACUAUUCAACUGCAACUCUGAAACUGCCUCGAAAUUUUGUCCGUGGUAUUCACUUUGCACUAAUAGACAUUUUCCUUGGCUAAUUUGGCCAUGAAGACUGUAAGUUCACUUUAGGAAAAUAAGAAUGUAAAUAUGAACGCUCUUGAUGACACUUUGUUUAGCAAUAACUUAAGAGAUGGAAGGAAAGAAAGGAAAACUCCUGUCACAUUGUUUGUAACCUUUAUUUUGCAGGGCAGGCAGCCCUGGCACGCAUUGUCUCUUGUGUAUAAACAUCUUCGGUCCCCAUGCACAGUUCUCAAAAGUCUGGGAAAUGUGCCGGCCGAGGGCACUGUACCCUUGUCUCGCCUUGGGCCGAGAUGCCCAGUAUUAAUGCUGGUGGUCGUCCCUAUGGGAGUGUGGAAGCCUUUCUUUUUUGCCUGUUGUCCCGCUGUUGGGCCUUGUAUGAGCAGACAUUUCUAUAUUUUGCAAGCAUCUUGGCAGCCAAGUCUGCUUUUAUUCUUUCGAGCUUGAGCACUGCCUUCACAACGCCCCAAGAAGCAAAAUGAGCUUAUUGUUGAAACGGCCCAACAUUCAUUGAUCGGCUGACCAAAAGUGGCCUGCUCCUGCAGCCAUGCCGUAAAUGGUUUGGAUGGACUUAGAAAAUGAGAUGUAACUUAAUGCAGCCCAGUGUUGGGCCCCCGAUGUCCGCUCGGUGAGUGCAGAGGCUGACUUGGCAGAUGUUGGGCCCGUGAUGGCAAGCUUUCUGUAAUGUGAUUGGUACAACACAAAUACAUUGUGUUAGCCUAGGCUUUUUUUUUUUUUUAAUUAAAGCCAACCUCCAACAAAGCUGUGGAAUACUUGACUGGUUGUUGCACAGUGCUUUGACAGUGUUGUGAUGGUCCUGUAAAACAACAAUGAUGCUAUAUUACACGGUCUAUUGUAGCAUUGUUCUGGCUUUGCUAACACAAGGCUUAGCUGCUUCAUGAAAUGACCAUUGAAGCUUUGUAGGAGCGAAUAUAGAAAACAAUUAAUCAAAUAUGUCAUUAGAUGCAGGAGAUUUUGGAUCAAUUUGCAGCUUAACUUGAUUUACAAGCUAUGUUAGCUUGCAGCAGGAAACCAACGAACUUCCAAUGAAUAGUCAGCCAUAUGCUCUUGGGGCACUGCAAGACCCUGAUGCAUGAAGGUAGUUCUCACAUGCAGAAGCACUGAGGUAGAGCUCAAGUUUAAUGUGGUUCAUAUUGAACUAACAAUUAAGUGUGGAACCAUGUUUUGUUGUGCCAUCCUGGCUGAUAUGUUGUGUAGACUUGUCAUGUAUCAGCAGGUAGUUUGGUGCAGCAGAUUCCUUGACAUACGAGAGUCGCAGCACUCCUUAAAAUGCAUGCUGUUGAUGUUGAGAAAUGCAUAAUAAGCACAGUGGCCCUGAGACCUCAAUGUUGUUAACCUUGUAUGUUUGUUUCCGGCGGUCGCAGCAGAGCCUUAAGUUAGCUAAACCUGCUGUCGACUGGGUGUUGACUGUAAGACGUGCAGUAGUUGUAGCAAUUUCGAUGUUUCCACCAACAUCUAAUUUUGUGAAAAGAAUGACUUUGACCCAUUACAAAGUACUCUUCUGGGCAUUGUUAUGCCCUGUCAUUGCACCUUUAUAAGCAUUAAUUACAGUCCUUCAUUAACUAGCAUGUGCAUGUUCUUGCAAACUUGAUGCCAUUUCCUUUUUUAGCCACAUCGAGGCACACCAGUAAGGUGCAAGAUAGAUUCAGAACAAAAUUUUAAGAAGCACCGUAGUGUUUGAUUUAUGCACUUGUCAAAACCAUUAUGCAGUUUUUCACUUGGGCUGCAGAAAACUUGAUGCAUGUUUGAUUUUAUAAUUCUGGCUGUGCCAAGGAAAGUGGCCAGAAAUGUUUAUUGCCGAGGAAUGUUGCAGAAUAUGCAGCAACUGCUCUUCAGGCAUUGUUGAAGUGAAGUGCUACACAGUUUCUUGAACAAUGAACUGUUCACUGUGAACAGCUUGCACAAACUGAAGGUAACAUUGCUUCUGGUACCACAUGUGACAAUCUCUUGUUCCCUGGUUGCACCAUUACUCAGGUUAAGAGUGCCACAUGGCUACGGCUGUUUCAAGUGCUGCUGUCACUGAAGCAGCAGUUUUGUAUGAAUAUCUUAAAAAGUGCCAAGUUAGGUUUGUCUGGGAAGAUACCAUGCACUGAACGAAAAUGAGGAAGAAUGUUUGCAUUACCAGUGCAUAAGUGAACAAUGCAAUAAUAUUGCUGCAAAGCCGAGACGUUUCUAUAUUAAGUGGAUAUCAGUCCAGGUUAAGACUUUGUGAGUGGGUCAAUCUUAAGCUUGCAUCAAGUGAAGAACACAUGGUCUGCCUGGUUAGCAGUUCAUUUAAAAUGAUUCCUGUUUGCCGGAUUACUGCUGAUUUGCAUUUGGUUGCAACUGGCAAACGUUCGCAUUCAAAAUAGUAUGUGGAAGUUAUACUGACAAUUGCUUCUUUAGUAAAUUAUAUUUCAGAAACCAGUGCAAUUCAUUCGGUUCUACUGGUUAUCUUUAGGGUUCAGUAUAGACAACCAGCUCAUUGCAUGAAUGAUUAACUGGCACACAUUACAGCUAGUCCUUGCAUCAAACGAUCACAUCACUCUGGCAUCACUUAGUUGUUCAAGGUCACCACUACCAAUCUUGUACUGACUGGCGCUAGCCAUCACGUUUGAACCAACAUGGUACCAAUUAAUAGUUUUCUUUAAACCACUUCAACUGGAAGCUGUGCAAAUUGACUGGCAAGAUUUUUGCCUGAGGAAAAAAGUAGAUGCAAUUGGUCCUCCUUAAUGUGUUCAUUGCACAGUGGCAGAGCCUAUAACAAGCUGCACGAGAGCUCACAGAUCAUCUGGCGACUUGUGUACUGUGUUAAGACUGUCUUGCAACUUAUGAUUUGUAUGCGCUGACAAACAUAUAAUGCUUGUUAACCAGAUGGAAGUUUGCCGAGCUCAUUGAGUAUAGUUUGCAGUGCAGCUUGCAUGGUAAAUAUGAGAUGCGAUAACUUGUGUGCUUCUUCUGUCCCCGGAAACGUUCACAAGACUUCUUCUUGGGCUCGCAUUAGCAAUGCUCAAAGGAAAUGUAAAAUGGAUACAGGCAGCAAUCAAGGAGCAGUGUAUGUUUUUACGUCUCGUCGUUUUACCAAAUAAGCUCUGCAAAAGUGCAUGGUGUGGAGGAAGAUCAAGUUGCACGUUGAGCUGUCAAAUGAUUCACCCUUGCUCUGUCAUUUACAGUCGAACCUCGUUAUUGUGAAGUCACAUCCUAUACAAAUAUACCUUCAUUAUGUCCAGCAUUUGUUAUAAGCAUUAAUUCAUUACAUGCUGAUGAGGACGAGAAACCUUUUUUAUGUUUACAUCGUUAUACCCUAUAAUUUGUUGUUCCUGUGUUCUUUGUGUCAAGGUUCGGCUGUACUAGCCUCCCAGUUAACUCUGCUGGCAGAGCAACUAUGCCGGGAAUGUGAUGGUGCUGGGUUAAGUCCCCAGAGCAGGGUGACUUAAUCUUCAACUGUGAAGAAGUUUUCUGAGAAACCUGCGCGAGUUUUCUUCAUAGUGUCGUACAACUCGCGGGUGAAUGCCCACUUUCUCAUGUAUGCCCCCUUUGUGAACUGAGCGUACAGGUGCUUCAAGUGUCGUUUCACCUCAGAAGGCAGCAAUGCUGGGUUUCACCCUUCGCGGCGAAGGAGAAGAAACCCACCCGGGUAAAAGUGAGACCACGUUUUAUUCACGUGUAUAUCGCAUCUGCGGCGUGUGAUAUUUUCCUUUGUGAUUCGUAAUUUAUUCGUGGUUGUAACCUCACCGGCACGUAUUUGUGAUCAUCUGCACUGCACGUUCGGUCUUCUUUCUCCCUGCACUGCACUGUCGUGAAAAGUAAUGCCGUGUGAAUCUCGCAAAAUUUAGAACGACGCUCGUGAUACUUUAUUUGGCAGUUUGUUAAAACAGCGCACAAACAAUGUGUGAUGUAGUUAUUGAACUGUAUAAUGUUGUGUGAACUGAAUGGGUUAUAUUUAUUAAAGAGUAUACAAUACUGAUGCAUUUAGUUUGCAAGUAUAUCAACUAAAGUCAAACCUGCUUUGUUCGCUUUUGGUCCUUGCAAUGCUUAUCUUUUGAUUAAAGGGGUCCUGAACAGGCAUCCUGAAUGUCCAGCUUACGUUUUCUCUUCAUGGACAGUACCAAUUCAGCCUGUCAGCCUGUCAAUGUCGCUGCUUUGUUGUGACACAAAAGUCAGAGCAGGUGCCAUUAUAGUUGCACAAACCUCUGCAUUAACUGGAACAUGGGGGCAGCUCAGGUCCGCGCAUUCGCUCGGCACGUAACAAGAAUAAGAAGCAAAAUAGUGUAGCUGGGAUGUGAGACGUCAACAUGCUUCUGCGUCUAAACAUCAGUUAUGCAGGUAUGAGGAUGAGGACAAGUCGUCGGAACGGGGCGAAGAAGAGAAGGGAUUGCAGCAGUACUGAAGAGAAUAUUGUUGGUCUAAAGGGAUGAUAAAGAGUUAAAUAAGUCGCACUGUAAUAGUAACGCAUGCUUCUGCAAUGCCAAAAAGGCCACUCUUACUGUGGGAAAUGGCUUGAUGAGUCAGCAAAGAUGCACAAACGAAACACAUGUGACAGUGCUGCCUUGAGCAUCUCAUUAGCUCACCAUGAUGUCAUUGAUUCUGACACCGUAUACCCUAGCCUACCUAAUUGUUUAAGGUAGCCUACCUUAAGGUAAACUACAUUGUAUUCUAAAUUAUUAAAAAUUUAAAAAUUAUUAAAAUUAUUAAAAAAUACUUUGAAAUCUUUUGAUGUUAACAGACCUUAAGGCGCUAAGAUUUUGGUGCGAACGUUGACAAAAAAUAAUAGUCUGGACUUUACUGGGCUUUCCGAUAAUGAAACCCUUAAUUAGUGCGAAAUGAACUAAAAUAGAGUUUUGAAUAAAUACCUUAUUGGUCUAAACUGAUUCUAAUGUUGCUUUAAAUGUUUGUCACUUGUGUGGACACUCGCACAUUGCGUGCAUGGAACGAAGCCUGCUUAGCACACCUUCAAAGACUUAGCCAUAUGGCUGCAUCGUCCAGGCACAUUAUCGGAUUUAUUAUUUGUGAUUAUUUGAUAAGUGCAGAUUUUAUAACGUGUGAAGUGAGUACUUUUUUUCGUGGUUCAGCACAUUAAUUAUUGAAUAUAUGUUCUGUUGGUAAAAAAAAAAAAAAGAAGAUUUUAUAUCUGCCCAUCCAUAAUAGUGUGAAAAAAACCUUUGCUAAGUUUAUCGAACUUUAACCGAAGGCAAUGGGGCAGAGCCUUGGUUAUGGAUCACUUGUGUAGUAAAUGUGAUCAUUGUUACGAGGCAAUUUUUUUUAAAGAAAUAGGUUGCCUUUGUACAUGUGCAUACAUUACAGUCCGAAAAUUGUUGACUGUUGCUUAUGGACAAAUCACCCUGUAAGAGUCUCCUUUCUUUGUUGCACAUUAAAUAUAAUGUUUGAAAAAAUAC